AUGACUACUGCUGGUGACGGAACUUUCCCUGGUGCUAUCGGUAUCGAUUUGGGUACCACCUACUCGUGUGUUGCUACCUACGACUCUGCUGUCGAGAUCAUUGCCAACGAGCAAGGUAACCGUGUUACUCCUUCGUUCGUUGCUUUCUCUGACAAGGAGAGACUUAUUGGUGAUGCCGCUAAGAACCAAGCUGCUCUUAACCCCAAGAACACUGUCUUCGAUGCCAAGCGUUUGAUUGGUAGACGUUUUGAUGAGGACUCUGUUCAAAAGGAUAUCAAGACUUGGCCUUUCAAGGUUAUCGACUCUAACGGUAACCCCUUUAUUGAGGUCCAAUACCUCGAGGAGACCAAGACUUUCUCUCCCCAAGAGAUCUCCGCCAUGGUUCUUACCAAGAUGAAGGAGAUUGCUGAGGCCAAGAUUGGCAAGAAGGUCGAGAAGGCCGUUGUCACUGUCCCUGCCUACUUCAACGACUCUCAAAGACAAGCUACCAAGGACGCUGGUGCCAUUGCUGGUCUUAACGUUCUCCGUAUCAUUAACGAGCCUACUGCUGCUGCCAUUGCCUACGGUCUUGGUGCUGGUAAGACCGAGGAGGAGAAGCACGUUCUCAUUUUCGAUCUUGGUGGUGGUACUUUCGAUGUCUCCCUUCUUCAAAUCCAAGGUGGUGUCUUCACUGUCAAGGCUACUGCCGGUGAUACCCACUUGGGUGGUCAAGAUUUCGAUACCAACUUGUUGGAGCACUUCAAGACCGAGUUCAAGAAGAAGACUGGUCAAGACAUCUCUGAGGAUGCCCGUGCCCUCAGACGUCUCCGUACUGCUGCUGAGCGUGCUAAGCGUUCUCUUUCUUCUGUCACUCAAACCACUGCUGAGAUCGACUCUCUUUUCGGUGGUGAGGACUUCAGCGUUAACAUCACUCGUGCCAGAUUCGAGGCUCUUAACGACGCUCUUUUCAAGUCUACUCUUGACCCUGUUGCCCGUGUCUUGAAGGAUGCUGGUAUUGAGAAGUCCAAGGUCGAUGAGGUCGUCCUUGUCGGUGGUUCUACCCGUAUCCCCAAGGUCCAAAAGAUGCUUUCCGACUUCUUUGACGGUAAGCAACUUGAGAAGUCCAUCAACCCUGAUGAGGCUGUUGCCUACGGUGCUGCUGUCCAAGGUGCUAUCUUGACUGGUCAAGCCACCUCUGAGGAGACUCAAGACCUUCUCUUGCUCGAUGUUGUUCCUCUUUCUCUUGGUGUCGCCAUGGAGGGUAACAUUUUCGCUCCUGUUGUUCCCAGAAACACCACUGUCCCCACUCUUAAGAGACGUACUUUCACCACUGUUGAGGACCACCAAACCACUGUUCAAUUCCCCGUCUACCAAGGUGAGCGUGUCAACUGUGCUGAGAACACUCUUCUCGGUGAGUUUGACCUCAAGGGAAUUCCUCCUCUCAAGGCUGGUGAGCCCGUUCUUGAGGCCAUCUUCGAGGUCGAUGCCAACGGUAUCCUCAAGGUCACUGCUGUUGAGAAGUCCACUGGUAGAUCUGCCAACAUCACUAUCUCCAACGCUGUUGGUAAGCUCUCUUCUGACGAUAUCGAGAAGAUGAUCAACGACGCCGAGAACUUCAAGUCUGCUGAUGAGGCUUUCUCCAAGAGACACGAGGCCAAGCAACACCUUGAGUCUUACGUUUCCAGCAUUGAGGCUUCUAUCACCGACCCUGGUGUUGCUGCCAAGAUGAAGCGUGGUGCCAAGGACCGUGUUGAGACUGCUUUGUCCGAUGCUCUUGCUGCUCUUGAGAUCAAGGAUUCCACUGCUGAUGACUUGAGAAAGGCCGAGCUUAACCUUAAGCGUGUCGUCACCAAGGCUUUCGCCACUCGUUAA